CCGUUUGGCGUCUUUCGGAUCACAACCUCCAGAAGCUUCUUCGAGUCAUACGUGUUUUCCUCUUCGCUACCGUUUUACCUCGAAAUUUUUAACUCCUUCACCAUGCUCGGCCUAGAUAACUACACAGUGAACGACCUCAACCAAGUCAAUAAUGCCCUGAAGAAAGUCACAAUCGACAACGAAAUAUCCGCCACCAUAACAACGAGUUACAAAGAAAAGAAUACAGUUCAAAUGGUAUCGGACCGAACUCCCCUUAAGAAAAGCCGUGCGAAGUCUCGAUUCAACACCGAGGACGAACCCCUUCUCCGGGAAAACCCUCAUCGAUUUGUGAUCCUUCCUAUUCAAUACCCCGAGAUCUGGCAGAUGUACAAGAAAGCCGAGGCCUCUUUCUGGACUGCAGAGGAAGUAGAUCUCUCCAAAGACUCGCAUGACUUUGCCAAACUCGAUGAUGAUGAGCGUAUGUUUGUGUCGCAUGUAUUGGCAUUCUUUGCGGCCAGCGAUGGCAUCGUCAAUGAAAAUCUUGUAGAGUGCUUCAGUCAAGAAGUACAGAUUCCAGAGGCCAGGUGCUUCUACGGCUUCCAGAUUGCUAUUGAGAACAUCCACUCUGAGAUGUACAGCCUUCUGAUCGAGAGCCUGAUCAAAGACAAGGCAGAAAAAGUCAAUCUGUUCAAUGCUAUUGAGACAAUGCCUUGUGUCAUGAAGAAGGCGCACUGGGCUCUAAACUGGAUCAACCCCCAGAGAGCAUCAUUUGGCGAGAGGAUUAUCGCCUUUGCUGCCGUAGAGGGCAUCUUCUUUUCUGGGUCCUUUGCUGCCAUUUUCUGGCUGAAGAAGAGGGGACUUAUGCCAGGUCUGACAUUCUCGAAUGAGCUUAUCAGCAGAGAUGAAGGUCUCCAUUGCGACUUUGCCUGCUUGAUGUACAAGUACCUAGUUAAUAAGCCUGAUGAGGAGACUGUUAGAGGAAUCAUCAAGGAUGCUGUUGUCAUCGAGCAGGAGUUCCUCACAUCUGCUCUUCCUGUCAAGCUGAUUGGCAUGAACUGUGCCUUGAUGAGACAGUAUAUUGAGUUUGUUGCAGAUAGACUACUGGUUGCUCUCAAUUGCCAAAAGGUCUACAAUGUUGAGAACCCCUUUGACUUCAUGGAGAAUAUCUCUCUAGAGGGAAAGACAAACUUCUUUGAGAAACGUGUUGGGGAGUACCAGAAAAGUGGUGUCAUGAGUGAGAAAGACUCGCAUAAGUUUAGUUUGGAGGAGGAAUUUUAGAAUUGCAUACAAGAAUUGAUCAACUAAAGGAAUAUGAAUAUAUUUUUAUCCAUUUUCACACCCUCUGCAAAUGAAUUACCUAUUUAUUGGAUACCACAGAGGACUUUUGUAAUAAUCUUUUUUCACUUCUUGUAUAUAUAUAUAUUUUUUAAAUCAAUUUUCAGCUGUGCUUUCACGCUCUUCUUAAUGUAAAUAGUUAAAAACUAAUUAUUUAGUUAGUGUUAUAUUAUUUUUAUUAAACAAAUCUUAGCUAUUA